AUGUCUGAAUUAAAUUCACCUCCUCCAUCAACUUUUGCACCUCCUGCAUCACCUUCUGCCACUGAGGAUUCCGGCAAUGAAUAUAAACCCCCCACAAUGAGUCUUGCAGAUAUUGCAGCUACAUUGGCAAUGGCUGCAUCGCGAGUCCAAGCCUAUAUCAGUCAAUAUCAGAUGGAGGCUGCCAAGAACAAUGUUCCUUCAGCUCGGAUAAUCUACUUUAAAGCCGGAAUCCAAUGGGAGAUCACUACCUUUGUGACACCGAUUCUGCAAUACUCAGCUGCAAGGAACAUAAUUUCGGUUAUGCCACCCCCGAUCGCUCAUAUUCUUCACUUGUUUCCUCAGCUCACAUGGAAUGUGGUGUAG